AUGCUGCGGCUGCCGUCAUGGCCUUGUCGGCCGCCCGCACCGCACCGCUACUGCGUCCUCCGCUAUCGGCGCCCCCUCGCCCUUCGUCCCUUGAAUGCGCGUCGCGGGUUUUCAAGCUCAUCAAGGUCCUUCCCUACCUUCACGCAGUUCGAUAGAUCUGAUUUCACAAAUCAACCUUUCUCCGGCGUCUACGAAUCCGGCCUUCCCACAGCUGGCCCGCUGGGAUCCACUCCAGCAUUUGGAGCUCCUCGGAUUACCCCAAAGACACUGAAGCAGUAUUUGGAUCAAUUCGUUGUUGGUCAGGACCGUGCAAAGAAGAUACUGAGCGUUGCCGUGUAUAACCAUUACCAACGGGUGCAAGAGCUCCAAAGACGCCAGGAAGAAGCUGAAGAGCUACUUGCCAAGCGUGCGCGCAGGGAGUCUGUCGAGCAUCAUCCCGUUGAAGAUGAGUUUCCAGGCCAGCAACCCACUACCUACCUGUCCCCCGAGCCUGCACCACCACCCCAACUCGGCGCAGAAAAGGCAGAGCUGGAUGAACCAUCACAACUACAGCUCGAGAAAUCCAAUGUUCUUCUUCUAGGGCCAUCCGGCGUCGGGAAGACAUUGAUGGCAAAAACAUUGGCCAGAGUAUUGUCGGUUCCAUUUAGUAUCUCCGACUGCACUCCUUUUACACAGGCUGGGUAUAUUGGCGAAGAUGCAGAAGUAUGUGUGCAUAGGUUAUUGGCUGCUGCGAACUAUGACGUCGAGCAAGCGGAGCGCGGAAUAAUUGUUCUGGACGAGAUAGACAAGAUUGCAGCCGCAAAAGUCAGCCAUGGUAAAGAUGUGAGUGGCGAGGGAGUACAGCAAGCCCUCCUCAAGAUUAUCGAGGGUACGACGGUACAAGUGCAGGCAAAGCAAGAACGCAAUGCUCCUCGUAUCAACGGCACACCAAGUUCUUCGGCAUACCCUUCGAAUCACCCAUUAGGGGGUUCUCCUUUUACGCCCCCGAGUGGCGGAAACAUGCCGCACAAGGGCGAGGUCUACAAUGUUCGCACCGACAAUAUUUUGUUCGUAUGCUCUGGCGCAUUUGUUGGAUUGCACAAGGUCGUCAUGGACCGAAUAUCUCGAGGCUCCAUGGGUUUCGGCCAACCAGUUCGAACGCCAGCUCAGACCUCCACCGAACGCUCACAUUCUGACCCUACAACUAACCGGCCCAUUCCUAUACUCCCAGGGUCCGAAGAGGAGGCCCUCUACAAAAAAUAUCUCCCAUUUUUUACCCCUCCAUCGGACUCAUCACCCGGGGCCGAACCUACGUACUUCAACGCUCUGGAUCUGCUUAGCCCUACAGACCUCCAAAAUUACGGUUUUAUCCCCGAGCUCGUUGGCCGCAUCCCGGUCAACGCCGCGCUAUCCGCUUUAAGUCAACCCUUCCUUGUCCGAAUCCUCACGGAGCCCCGUAACUCCCUAGUCGCCCAAUACACAACACUCUUUUCCCUAUCGGGUAUCGAGCUCCGCUUCACAACACCUGCUCUUCAUAAAAUCGCUGCCAACGCUUUCACAAUGGGCACAGGGGCGCGUGCACUUCGCACGGAGAUGGAAACCAUCCUCAGCGAUGCAAUGUUCGAAACACCCGGUUCGAGUGUGAAAUUCGUCCUCGUAACAGAGCCCGUCGCAGAGCGCAACGAGAAGCCCGUGUACCUCGGCCGCGGUCAGGGAGGGCGCUUCCACUCUAUAAUCGCCGCUGAAGAAGAUCGGUGGGAAGAGAAAAUGCAACAGAAGAAGUCAAAGGAGAGGAGAGGAAACUCUCAGGCGGCUGGGUUUGAAGAUGUUCAUUCCAUUUCCACAUUCAGGGAGUAUCGGAGUAAGGCUUCUGGAUCGUGA